UGCGUAACAAAAUAAAGUGCUGGUGCGGUGCGUAACUAUUUGUAAAUGAAUAACACUGAGAGUAGAACAUUUGGAGAGUUAGUGGGGUUUUUUUUCACGAUCAGUAAAGAUAUGCCAAGGGAAAGCCGCGUGUGCGUGUCCGUGUGCGUGCGCGCAUUCACGGGGAAGAUACAACAAAGCAAGGGUGGUUUUCACAUCACGGCGUCGAAGCGCCCCUUUCCUGCGAAUUAGCCAGACGUUUCGUGGCCAGCCCCAAUGGGUGGUCUCCGCGUGCGCCUGCUCGCGAAUUGCUUCGUGCUGGCUGCUCUGAGUCUUCGCGUGAGCUCGCUAUGUACAUCGUUCUUCAAUGAGACUGAUGGUCCCAUGUGUGGGAAUAUCUGUAAAGAUACAAGUGUUAAGGUGAGGAUCAGUCUGAAGAAGCAGCUGGGUGAGAAUGCGUAUGUGUGGGACGACUCGGAGCUGUUCCUCUUCCGAAGCGCCGUCGCCUACGCGAUGCGUAAAAGCCCCGAGCAGCACGACGCCUUCACGACCGAACACGUGAUCGUGUGCGCCAAGACGAAGAGAAUCUCCUUCUACUUUGCGGUGAUGAAUCCGAACCUGACGCACACCCUGGUGGAGAAGCAGCAGCUGGUGCGUGCCAUCAGGUUGUCGCGUCCACGCAUGAACCGUGCCUUCAUGCUGGACGUGAGGACGCUGGAGUUCGUGGGCAUCAAGCCGACGCUGGCUCCGACGCGCUCCGCGUUCAAGAAUGCGUGGCUCGUGGCCUACGGCGUCGUGAGCGGGGCUUCCGUCCUGGCAAUCAUCGCCCUCUUCGCGGACGCGUGGCGCAAGCGAUACAGGCAGAGAAGAAGUCUUAAGCCAGAGGCCACCAAUUACCCGGCAGACGAACUCCCCACAGAGACCAGCGGUACGACCCAGCACAACGGAGAUGCCUUCACCGCCCUCUAGGCCAACAUGGCGAGAAGUUAACUCCAUCGCCUGGUAUGCCUCAGGUUCGUGGGUUCGAUCCCGAACCACGACGCUCAGCUGUAUAUUUGGAGUUCCACACGUUUCCCUCUCCCCG